AUGAGGCUUCUUCAGCUACUCUGUUUGGCUGUGCUGGCCGCCAGCAGCUUCUCCGGGAAGCAGGAGGGAGAAAUCACCCCUGAAGUCUCCAUUGCCUACAAGGUCCUGGAAGUUUUCCCCAGAGGCCGCCGGGUCCUUAUAACCUGCCAUGCACCCCAGACGCCCCCACCCAUCACCUAUACCCUCUGGGGAAGCCGGGACAUCGAGGUGGCCAAGAAGAUGGUGAAAACCCACAAUCCAGCCUUCUUCAGCAUCAAUGUCACACUCAAGUCCAGGCCAGACCUGCUCACCUACGCCUGCCAGGCGGCCUCCACCGUGGGCACCCACGCGGUCAGCGCCAGGCUGCAGAUGUAUUGGGAGCUGUGGGCUAAGCCACUGUCCCAGCUGCAGACUAACUUCGCCCUGCAGGACAGAGGGUCAGGCCCCAGGGUCGAGAUAUCCUGCCAGGCAUCCUCGGGGAGCCCACCCAUCACCUAUAGCCUGGUCGGGAAGGACGGGCGCAUCUACAUGCAGCAGAGACCACCCCACGGGCAGCCUGCCAACUUCUCCUUCCUGCCAGCCCAGACAUCAGACUGGUUCCAGUGCCAGGCUGAAAAUGGCAUCAAUAUCCAGCAUGGUGCCCUCACGCUGGUGCCCCCAGGAGAGCUGCCGGAGGGCCCCACCUUUGUGCUGGCGGGUAGCUUGGCCUCCACUGCAGCUAUUGCUUCCGGGAUGCUGGGCUGGACUGCGUGGACCAGAUUCGGAGCCCCACCUGGCAAACAGGCUCUCAGCAACCUUUACCUGCACCUCGCCAAGGGGGGCUGCAGUUCCUCCCUGCCUGUGGUCCUGGAGGAUGCACCUCUACGUAAGGCCGCUCCCCAGCCCAACACACAACAGCGCCUACCCCUGCCUUCCGUGUACCAGACGCCGUGUACCGAUUUCUGA